AGCAGGCUAUACACAAAUUGACAAAUACGUUAAGACGUGCCACAACAACUUGAUGUUUACAAACUUUGGUUUACGAUUUAUUGUUGCAAAUUGGAAAUAUUUUUCUCAAUCUAUUAUUUGAUCAUGUGUGUGUGAUUGUUUACUACAUAAAUCGUGCAAUAUGCCGAUAGAUAUCAAUGACUUAUCCGAAGGUUGGCUGGAACUUGAAAGUGACCCAGGUAUUUUCACCUUGUUACUGGAAGACUUGGGCACAUGUGGAGUUCAAGUUGAAGAAGUGUAUGAUUUGCAGAAACCCCUUGAUGGUGAUGCUCCUGUUUAUGGCUACAUUUUUUUGUUUCGCUGGAGGGAGCGCUCCAGAAGAAAAACCAUUUUAGAUGCUGAACAGUUCAUUAAAGAUGAAGCAGCUAUUAAUAACAUGUUUUUUGCCCACCAGGUGGUCCCGAAUAGCUGUGCUACUCAUGCAUUACUUUCAAUCCUUCUUAACUGUCCUCAAGUAACCCUGGGUCCUACUUUAUCUAGAUUGAAAGUAGAUACUUCUGGUAUGAGUCCUGAUAACAAGGGCUUGGCAAUUGGUAAUACACCUGAACUGGCCUUGGCACAUAAUUCCCAUGCGGCACCAGCCGUUGCGUGCGACAGAAAUGAGCGAAAUGCUAAUGUUCCUUCUUCCGGACGAUUUAGUGCAGAAGCUUUCCACUUUGUAAGCUAUGUGCCUGUCGAUGGCCAGCUUUUUGAACUAGAUGGUUUAAAACCAUUUCCAAUCGACCAUGGACCUUGGGCUCCAAACGAAGAUUGGACUGAGCUAUUCAGACGGGUAAUACAAGAACGAAUUGGGUCAGCAACAGCAGGGGGUGAACCAUAUCACGACAUUCGGUUCAGCCUUAUGGCUGUUGUCCCAGAUAAACGUAUGGCGGUUCGUCAGAGAUUAAAUCUUUUGAAAACAAACAAAAAAAUUGUGUUAGAUGCCUUGCGACAAUUAACGUUGCUCUCUGACGUGUCCAGAGAAAUUGGCAAAGAUAUCCUUGAAGAGCAAAUUGAUACUGAAACAGACGGAGAAAUUAAUUUUCUACUACCUUCAAUUGAGACGUUGAACACCCAGUCUUCGCCCAGUUUAGCCGCUAAUGUCAGUACAGACACUGCGUCUGAAUGCGGUUCUUCUUUUAACUCUCCUAACCAAAUUCAGCAGCAACCUUCUAGCUCAGAUUUGGCAAAUAGUGCAUUUGUCAAAGACUUCAGUCGACUGGUUGUCGUUAAAAUGAGCGCUCAAUCAACUGACUUAGAUGAUGCUGAAAAUAUCAAAUCAGCCAUCAUAGAAGACCAACUUAAAACCAUUGAUCAUAGUCAGCCCGUAAGUGAUGCCAGUCGUCGUGAUAGUGAUGUGAUGGGUUUACAAUCAAACGAAGGCAUUGCGGCAGAAAAGCGAAACCAGAAACAACGUUUUGGAUCUCGGGAUUUGAUGGCUCUACUCAAAAGCUUAGAAAAAGAGAUCGAUACAUAUGAAGUUCUUCUUGCCGAAGAGAUUGAGAAGCGAAAAAAAUAUCGGGUUGAUCAUUGCCGCCGGACUCACAACUACGACGAAUUCAUUUGCACCUUUCUUUCAAUGUUGGCAGAGAGAGGAACAUUGGCUUCACUCGUUGAACAGAAUACUACUCGAAGAAAGCGAUCACACAGGUGUAGUCCUGGUACUGGUACUGAGUCACCCAAUGGGCGUCAUAAAAAGGGUCGUUCCCGUUACAAGCGUCGCCGGUAAUAUCCAUUCAUCAUAAAAUUGACUAUUUUCAUUAUACAUCCAUGAAAUAAUACCCACUAUGUUCUUUCAUUUGACAUCGAAGCACUUUUAAUCUGCCAAUCAUGUACAUUCUUUAAAGUGCACCGCACACUGUCUUCACUAUUGCUCUCAUCGUGUACCUCAAAUAAUAAGCCAUAUCUGUGACCAACGCUCGCUCUCUGAAUAUACACUUUAUUUCAGUU